AUGUUAUCCGAUGGAACAGUUAAAAUAUUUCCUCGACUAAUUAUAAUAAUAAAUAUUGAUGAUCAAAUUAUUGUUAUCGCUGAAGAUGAUGGUAAAAUUAUAUUAUCAUCCGAUUAUUUAUUACGUAUUAAUAAUGAACAUUCAGGAUUAGUAUUAUCUUCAUUAAUCAAUCAUAAUACAAUUUUAUUAUCAAACUCUAUGACUAGAGGAACAACAAAAAGAGUUGAGCGAAAUCUUGUACUCGGAUGGAAUAAUAAAGCUCCAUUAAUUGCUAAAGAAUUGGAUAGUUAUGUUGCUCGUGGUAGUGAACUACAUGUAUUAACAAAUGCUGAUAGAAUAACACAAUUUAUAAAUGAACAAUUAGUUAAUGAAUUAACAGAACAACAAAUAUUUGUAUAUUCUGGAAAUUUGACAAAUAGAUUUGAUUUAGAAAAAUUAAAUUUAUUUUCUUAUGAUUAUGUUAUAUUAUUAGCAAAUGAAGAAAGUGAACAACAAAAUUUAAUUGAAGAAGCUGAUGCUGAAUGUUUAAUUUGUUUAUUACAUCUACAAAAUAUUAUUGAUAAAUCAAAUAAGGAAAAAACAUUUAGUAUAGUAGCAGAAAUGUAUGAUAUACGUAAUUGUCAAUUAGCAAAUACAACAUGUGCCGAUGAUUUUAUCGUUAGUCCAAAUUUAAUAUCAAAAUAUAUUUCACAAUUAUCUGAAAAUAAAAAUAUAAAAAAAGUUUAUGAUGUUUUAUUAACAGUGGAUGGUCCUGAGAUUUAUUCAUGUUUAGCAUCGAUGUUCGUUCCACUAGAAACACCAAUUAGUUAUUAUCAAAUUUUACAAAAAACAUUAAAAUAUCAAUGCUUAGCAAUUGGUUAUAGAUUAAUGAAAUAUUUACAUGAUGAAACAAGAUUUUUUGGAAUUGUUUUAAAUCCAGAUAAAGAAGAACAAAUUAUAUUUUCACAAAAUGAUAAAAUUAUUAUUUUAGCUGAAAACUUUAUGUCAUCUGCUCCCCAUAGUACCCAUAUCGUAAAUACCGGACAGUUUUUAGCGGUAAACCGCAGUAUUUAUCAAAACCAGUGGUUGACUCCAGUAAAUUACGGUAAUGGGAGCCUGACCUUGCAACGAGUCAAUUUUUGAUGGCUCGACCCGACCCAACUUCUACUCUAUUAGACCCCAGUCUGGCCCGAAUAACAAUAGCACUCUUAUAAAUCUAUUUCUUUUACAAAAAAGUUUUUAUAUGACGGAACUCAAUGGUCACUGGAGUGUGUCUGGGGUGUAUGUGAGUGUGAGUCUGAGUCUGGACUGUGUAUGGGUGUGGGUGGAUAGGUGUUCGUAUGGAAGAGUGUGUAAGUGUGGGUGUGGAUAUGGAUGUGGUUGUUUGUGUUAAUUUCAGUCCAUCCAAAGCCACAUCCACACCUCACAACGUUUGGAGUCAAAUCCUCAUUUUCUGGUCGAUGUACACUGGAAUAGAGCACCAGUCAGUAGAGAAUUCAACUGUGUACCUAAUACAACCACUUGGAGAGCCAACAUUGGUCCAUGAGCGAAGGUUGCAAGGGAAAAUCGAAUCCACGGAAUUUUCACUUUUUCGGUCUACCCUGAUAAUGACCAAAUGAGACUUUUUCGAUAAUAAAAUUUUCAAAAACGUUUGAAAUACACAUACGUGGGCUCAGUUUUUGAUGCUGAUUGCGCAUAACAUAUUGGGUGUGGGUGUGGGUAUGGGUAUGGGUAUCUUCUUUGACGUUCAUAUCCACACACACCCACACCCACACACACACCCACAACCAUACCACCCACCCACACACACCCGCACACCCACACCCACACCCACACACCCACACUAGAGUACUGCAACCCGACCCGACCCGACCCGAACCCGCACCCGACCCGCACCCGCGGACGGGUGCGGGUUCAACCCUAUCGGGUCGGGUCGGGUGCGGGUUCAAUCCUGUCGGGUCGGGUCGGGCACGGGUUCGAUUAGCUGCGGGUCGGGUCGGGUGCGGGUUUGAUGUUGAAAAUUUCGGAUUUUUUUCGGGUUACAUUUUUUUCGCGAUAGAUGCCUCUGCCCUCUAUUAUUGUAUACGUUAAAUACAAAGAACAAUGAAAUAUAAUUCUAUUGGUUUAUGACUACAAAUAAUAGAUACACAUAUAUACACAUAUAUGGAUGUGAGCUUUCUUUGUAUUUAUAAACAACUGAUACUUUGUUAUAGUCAUACUUUCGUUAUUAUUUUUAUCUUUUUCAAAUGGAUCCAAAAGAAAAGAUUCGGAAAUUGCUUCAAAGUGGUGAAUAUACGUUAUGUGAUAAACCACAAUCAAAUGCUAUUUGGUGGAACAAUUUUUUGUUAUUUUUUGUGGUUAACAUUGAAAUAAAGUUGUUUAUCUUUUGGAAAUAAGCGAAUUUAGUUUCUCGGGUCGGGUCGGGUUCGGGUUCGACUAUCAGCGGGUCGGGUCGGGCUCGGGUUGAAUCUUGUCGGGUCGGGUCGGGCUCGGGUUGAACCUUGUCGGGUCGGGUCGGGCUCGGGUAGAACCUUGUCGGGUCGGGUCGGGCUCGGGUCCCACUAGAGGCCUUCGGGUCGGGUGCGGGUGCUAAAAGUCAAACCCGCGCAGUACUCUAACCCACACCCACACACACACCAUAUCCACACCCCUUCGACAGUGUGAUGAGAAUGUUGUCCAACA